AUGGAGGAGAAAGCGGUCGAGGUUAAGGAAGUUAGAGACGACGCUGGCCUUCAGGCUGCACAACGUCGAGCAGAACGGGCGGAGCAGGAGAACAAACGUAUCAAAGAGCGCUGUCGCCACUUGGAGAAGGAACUCGCGGAAGUGAAUUCUUUGCGCUCCAAUCUGCGUAGCGAAUCUGACAAGGUGAGCAUGGUACAGGACUUUGCAAGUGAUAUGCUUUGCAGUUGCGCAAUCCUAUUUGAAAGGAUUGCUGGGUUGGUAUGUUGA